GCAACUUCAUCCAGACUACUGGCCGUCUUUCAGCGCGAUGCCAGGCAAACCUGCGCCCAUCAAGAAGUCCCCGGCCAAGAAGGUGGCCGACAAGGCACCUGAGCCCGCCCCAGAGCCCGAGCCCGCACCGCCAGAGGCUGCUCCUGCUGCUGCUGCUCCAGCUGAGGCACCGGCCGAGGCGGCCCCACCGGCCGAGGCAGCCCCACCGGCCGAGGCAGAGGCUGCACCCGCCCCCCCGGCUGAGGACACCCCCGCUGCGGAAGGAAGCGCUCCAGCUGCUUCUGCUCCUGCUGCUGAAGACGGCGCCGCUGCUCCCGCUGCAGAUGCUCCCGCAGACGCUGCUCCAGCAGAAGCUGCCGCUGUUGAGGAGCCACCCAAGGCCCCCACGCCCCCACCUCCUCCAGUCCCCACCAGCGCUCCUCUGCAUGUAUCUGUGGAGGAUGUGAACGACUCCAGCGUCACCAUUGAAUGGAAGUCGCCAGAGACCAUCGGAGACUCUGGCCUGGAUGGAUACACUAUCGAGUACUGCAAGGAUGGAACAACAGACUGGGUUGUAGCUAACGAGGCGCUGACCCCAGCAAACCGCUUCUGCAUCAAGAAUCUGGCAGCCGGUGACCUGCUGCAUGUCCGCGUGGUCGCUGUGAACCCUGGUGGUCGCAGUGAAGCCGGCGUACUUUCCGAGCCUGUGCCAAUCCGCGAGAUCGCUGAACGUCCCAAGAUCCGCAUGCCCCGCAUUCUCAGAUCCCGUUACGUCAGGCAGGUCGGAGAGCAGGUCAACCUGGUCAUCCCCUUCCUUGGGAAGCCCAAACCUGUGGUGUCCUGGCUUAAGGAUGGUCAGCCUUUGGAUACAAAGAAGGUCAACAUCAGGAACAGUGACAAUGACAGCAUCAUUUUUAUCCGCACCGCUCAGAGGGAGGACUCUGGUGUUUACGAGAUGGCGGUUAAAGUGGACAGCUUCGAAGACAAAGCCGCGGUCACCCUUCAGAUUGUAGAACUGCCCGGUUCUCCUGCCAGUGUGAAGCUGGUGGACGCCUGGGGUUUCAACGCUGCUCUUGAAUGGACCCCUCCCAAGGAUAACGGCAACACAGAAGUCACUGGUUACACCGUUCAGAAGGCGGACAGGAAAACCGAGGAAUGGUUCACAGUGCUGGAGCACUACCACAGGCUAAGUGCCACCGUCUCAGACCUCAUCAUGGGCAACUCGUACUCUUUCCGGGUGUUCGCUGAGAACCAAGUGGGCAUGAGUGAGAAGAGCGCUGUCACCAAAGGGGUGGCCACCAUCCAGAAGACAGGUAUCGUCUACAAGCCUCCCCAGUACCUGGAGCACGACUUCAGCGAGGCGCCGAAGUUCACCACACCCCUAAACAACCGCGCGGCCACCGUGGGAUACACCACCAAGCUGCUGUGUUCUGUUCGUGGAAGUCCCACGCCAAAGAUCGAGUGGCUGAAAAAUCAGAUGGUCAUUGGUGACGACCCCAAGUUUCGUCAGAUCUCGAACCAGGGCAUUUGCUCCCUGGAGAUCCGCAAGCCCUGCAGCUUUGACGGCGGCACGUACACCUGCAGAGCCAAGAACGCCCAGGGAGAGGCCACAGUCUCCUGCAAGCUGGAGGUCAAACAGGUUAUUCUUCCGGAUGCUGAGAAGAGCAAAUAAACUAACGUCUGAAUCCUCAGAGCGCCUUUAAUGGGCCAGCAGAAGUCCAGGUCUUAUGUUUUUAGAGUGUUUGAGGAGGUGAGAGAAAAAGUCGUGGCUGGCUUUGCGGCAGUGUGUACAUAAUGACGAAAAGGGACAGAACAACAUACCGACAUCAGCAUAUCUGUUUCACCCACUCACCCUAUCCCUCCAGUGUGCAGGGAGGAACAACACUACCCGACCCAUCCCAGUUCGCCAGUUGUAUGUUAUUUUAGUUGGUGACAUGUAUAUAAGGCGAUAUUUCCACCCUUUUUUUCUGCCUCUGUCCAUUUGCUGUUUGUUAUGGUAAAUACGUUUACUGCUCAAUAAAAACAGUGAAUCCUUAGACAUGCUAUUGCAAUGAUUGUAUGAAUGUUUCAAUAAAAAUUGUAUUUUGAUAUA